AUGCCUGCUGCUACCUCAACCCCCUGCGAUGAGCCCGGCCAACAGGAGAUCUUUUAUGGUUUCAUAUGCUGCCUCAAAUGCAACCACACAUUGUGCCGCAGGUGUGCGUUUAUGAGCGUGGAGAAACAUGAAAAGGGUGCCGAAGUCAAGAAGGAGGAAGAGGACGACGACGAAAGCUGUAAGGUCAAGAAAGAGGGGAAGGACGACGUGAAGGUAAAGGUGGAGGCCAAGCAGGAGAAGUAG